GUCAAUCUCUCCCAUGAAUGGACACGCAGACACACACACACACACACGACAGGAGACAGACAGACCGAUUUGCCCAGCCCCAGCCAGUGAGGCUCUCUCUCUACAAUGGGCGCAAAAAUCGACGAUCGCCGGUCGCCCCUCGUGGCACGGCACAACACAUGCACCAACACCAUGCGAACAGCAGAGACAGGGCAACCGCAUCUGCAGGCGAGGACAGAAAUACCCGAUAGACACAGGCCCCUCGGUUCUCUGAUCCACCAGCAGAACCACACAAACAUACUGAGUGAACAUCUACGAGAAGAAUGCAAGCAAGGUGAUUCAGUUCAUUUGCUUUGCUCACCAUCAGUCAACGGCCUGUGUGUGGUCUGUCUAGCGUCGGAAAUUCUUCCGUGGACACCGAUGGCCCCUCCUCCGCACCCUCAGCCUUGGAUACCUCUUCCUGGCGCACUUGAACUCACACAUGCUCUUGAAAGUCAGGCCGACGCUGCUGCAUAUUGUCUCGGGCUUGUGGUCCUCCGGGAGACACCCCACCCCGACCCCUGCAAGCUGCGACGCCAAAAGCCCCGGGGGAAGCCCGACGCCUUCUUCGUUGCCUGGGCUGGGACGCGGGCUGGGAGCUUGCUCUCCAGCGGCCGGCUGUAGCAGGGUAAGCCCCGCCUCCUGAUUGUCAGAGUCGGGUACCGACACUGUGCACACACACACAGAGAGAGAAGCGGCGGGAGGAUGGGGGGAGACACGUCGCGUCACACAAUGGUGGUCUGUGCUCACUUGUGCGCGGCGGAAGGCGCACAGGUUUUGGUAGCUCAGCCCCAU